GGGGCGGGGGCGCGGGGCGGGGCGCGGGCCGGGCGGCGGCCGCUUCGGACAUGUCGGGCCCGCGCGCAGGCUUCUACCGGCUGGAGCUCAACAAGACGGUGUGGGAGGUGCCGCAGCGGCUGCAGGGGCUGCGCCCGGUGGGCUCCGGCGCCUACGGCUCGGUCUGCUCAGCCUAUGACGCGCGGCUGCGCCAGAAGGUGGCGGUGAAGAAGCUGUCGCGACCCUUCCAGUCUCUGAUCCACGCGCGGAGAACUUACCGCGAGCUGCGGCUGCUCAAGCACUUGAAGCACGAGAACGUCAUCGGGUUGCUGGACGUGUUCACGCCGGCCACCUCCAUUGAGGACUUCAGCGAAGUGUACCUGGUGACCACCCUGAUGGGCGCAGACCUGAACAACAUCGUCAAGUGCCAGGCGCUGAGCGACGAGCACGUCCAGUUCCUGGUUUACCAGUUGCUGCGCGGGCUUAAGUACAUCCACUCUGCGGGGAUCAUCCACCGGGACCUGAAGCCCAGCAACGUGGCUGUGAACGAGGACUGCGAGCUUAGGAUCCUGGACUUUGGGCUAGCCCGCCAGGCUGAUGAAGAGAUGACUGGCUAUGUGGCCACUCGCUGGUACCGUGCACCUGAGAUCAUGCUCAACUGGAUGCACUACAACCAGACAGUGGACAUCUGGUCUGUGGGCUGCAUCAUGGCUGAGCUGCUCCAGGGAAAGGCUCUCUUUCCAGGAAAUGACUACAUCGACCAGCUGAAGCGAAUCAUGGAGGUGGUGGGCACACCCAGCCCUGAGGUUCUAGCAAAGAUAUCCUCAGAACACGCCCGGACAUACAUCCAGUCCCUGCCCCCCAUGCCCCAGAAGGACCUCAGGAGCAUCUUCCAUGGAGCCAACCCCCUGGCUGUGGACCUGCUGGGAAGGAUGCUGGUGCUCGACAGUGACCAGAGGGUCAGUGCGGCCGAGGCCCUGGCCCAUGCCUACUUCAGCCAGUACCAUGACCCUGACGAUGAGCCUGAGGCCGAGCCCUAUGAUGAGAGCGUUGAGGCCAAGGAGCGCACAGUGGAGGAGUGGAAGGAGCUCACCUACCAGGAGGUCCUCAGCUUCAAGCCUGCAGAGCCACCGCAGUCUCCCGGCAGCCUGGAGAUUGAGCAGUGAGGGGC